GCCGCCACUGGCGAUCAGUCGGGUCAGGUCCAGCGGCGGGGACAUCCGUCGGUCUCUGUUUAUUGUGCUGACAAAGCCAGCCACUUACCAGUGCAGGGCGGAUAAAACCGGUAGGGUGUUCGGGGUGGCAUGUUUUGUGCCGUAAGCCGUUGUUAGUGUUGGCUGCGCGGCAGAGUGUCCGGAGGCAGUGCAGAUCAGGAUGCGCACUUACGGCUAGUACUGAGCUCAGGGCAGUCUGUGUUGAACUGAGAGUUGUGGUGGGCGGUGGUGAGCUGGUAAUGAAGGCUGGUGGGGACUUUUGCUGUGCUGGUGGGAGCUCUGGCGCUGAGCUGGUGAUGGUGGAGAUGCUGAGCUGAUGAAGGCUGUCUCUAAGCCUGUCAGCGCCGUGUUGAGCUGGUUGCUCCACUCGCUGAUCUAGACUACCGAGCCGAGCCAUGCUGCUCGGCGUGCGCUCGUCGGCCCGUCACGGCCGGCCGGCCCGCCAUCUGCGGCUCCUGCAGGCCGCUGCCGCUCAGCUGGAGCCCGACUCGGAGCUGGACUUCUCCGACCCCAGACAGGUGUUCGACAAGAAGUCGACGCCCGAGCUGGUCCGCUCGCUGGCCGUCCUGAAACUGUGCUCGCAGGACUGGUUCGUCGACAACGCGCUACCGAUCCUACGCGGCUCUGAGCGCCUUCUCGGUCGCCGGCUGCUGCUGGCGCUUGCCCGGCCGCUCUACAGCCAGUUCGUACCGGGGACGUGUGAGGCUGACCUGGCUCAGGCAGCUGCGCGACUCCGGCGGACCGGCGUACGACUCGUGUUCGCCCAUAUGCUGGAGGACGACUUACGGGAGGGCCAGACACUGUCCGCUCUGCUGGACGAUAACCUGGCGCUGACGCUGCACCAGUUCGGCAUGGCGACCCGGGUGACGGCCGGGGAGGCGCACCCCUGCACCCUGCUCAAGCUGACCGGUCUGGUGGCAGUGCCGGCGCUGGCGGCGCUGAGUGGCGCUCUGACCGCCGCGCCGGCUGACCGGCUGACCCGACUGACUGAGGGAGUGGCCACCCAGCUGUCCGGGGGUCCCUGGUACCGGCUGGCAGAGCUGACCGAGGAGCAACAGCGGCACUGGGACGACGGACUCGCCAGACUGCGUGCCGUCGGCGAGUUUUGUGAGCGGCACAGUCUCCGUACUAUGGUGGACGGCGAGUACUCGUACACCAACCCGGCCAUCGGUCUGCUGACACUGGCGCUGGCCGCCAACUUCAACACUCGGAGUCCCCUGAUCUGGGGGACGACACAGUGCUACCUGAGGGAUGCUGAGCAGACUCUCACCAAACAUCUGUCGGUGGUCGACAGCCUGGGAGUCUCCUACGGAGUCAAGCUCGUGCGUGGAGCCUAUUUGGAGAAGGAGGUCGCCCGGGCGCUGAAGCUGGGCAUACCGCGGCCCAUCCACGACACCUACCAGGUCACCUCCGAUAACUACAACAGACAGGUGGAGCGGAUGCUGGGCCGGGUGGCCACGCUCGGAGACCGGUCAGCCGUUAUGGUGGCCUCCCAUAACGAGAACAGCGUGCGUCUCGCAGUGCGAUUGAUGGCCCAGCUCGGCUUGCCGCGCGAUGACGGCCGGGUGCUGUUCGGUCAAACGUAUGGCGUCUACGAGCAGGUCUCUACACCACUGGCGUCCGCCGGGUACGCAGUCUACAAGUCGACACCCCUGGGCGACAUCAGCUCCAUUCUACCGUACCUGGCGAGGCGGGCCGCUGAGAACAGAACUGUGGCGCGGGGCACGCGCUCAGAGCGACGACUGCUGGCGGCCGAGCUGUGCCGACGACUGGGGCUGACCGGCAGCUGACAGAAACGGGACGGUAGAUGACGGAAACGGGCGGGCAGAUGACCAGCCCAAGAGUCCAACACGGCAAUUACAGACCCGGGACGGCACGGGGAUCCCGCCUUCCCUGAGCAGUGAAGGAUGCGAUGCAAUCGAGAGUCCCCUUACCAGCUCGGAUUGCAAUGGAAGUUGACCUGAUAAGUUAGCUCUAACUUGAUCAUUUUAUAAGGGUGCAAAGCCCUCACAGACCAUCUGGAGUCGCUCACGGGAUCUGCGAUUCCCUGUCCAGCACCUCGGAUUAGCAGGGCGUCGUACCGUUAUUGACCGGCCAAAGCUGCCACGAGAGUCGAAUAUCCGCUGAACAGCGUCAAAAAGGCUCUUAGCGGCAUGCCAAUAUCUGCUAGUCGGAUAAUAGUUAUACAGCGUCACCCAGCCAAUCCAUAGAGGAAACGGAGAUUGAGAUUUGAACUUUGAGCUCUCUCACUCAUGCGUGCUCAUAUAGGAACAAAUGCUCAGCAAUAUAUAGAAGGGUUCAACGCGAAGGAGUUACGUAACAAACGUAAGUCCGAAGAUGAUUGACGAUAUACUUUACUGAAUCUGCCGUGCUUUGCACUUGAGGGCAUAUUCUCGAUUGUGGGAACCUCUGCCGUGUAACUGUCAUCGACAUGCUUAGCGUCUCUUGUUUCAAUACAUAAUUUUUGAUACA